AUGGCCGCAAGUGGCCGUCGCAAAAUUUUACGCUUCAGAAAUUACGGAGAGCUUUGCGAUCCGGUCAAAUUCUGUCGCGAAAAUUUAAUGCUUUUCGUACCCUACAGAGACGAACAACGAGAUUUGGUAGGUUUCGUCGAAAACGGCGAAAUCCAGUCGUGUUAUUCGUCUGUUCUCGCCGACAUUCUUCGCGAGAAACGCGACUUCGUGAAAAUCCUACAAAAUAUGGACGAGUUGGCCGAUCAAAUUGUCGACGAUGAUUUGCAACGACAAGGCAAUCGACACGACGCCGACACCAUUACUAGUGACGUUAUUAUCGACGAGAAUCACAACGCUGCUGACGACAAUGACGACAUUAACGGCAAAGACAACUCAGGUAAUGGGAGAAGAAACGACAACGUGUUGUAGGCAAUUUAUGGGGAUUCCGCGCGAUUCGAAGGUGGCGUUAACGGAGAACAAUUGGCCGACGACAGUUUCGAUUUGUUGUCCGGACUUAGCUCUUAAUUGCGGAGAAUGGCGGCCGCUGGAGGUAGCAGUAACAAUGAAGGUAACAGAGAUUGUCUUAGUCUGGAGGACGAUUUCGAUUAUGUCGCUCGCGUCGAUUGCCGUUUGCCGCCACUUCUAGCCGUAGAUGAACGUAAAUUGUUCGACAUGAUGUCAUCGUUAAAUUAC